UAAAAUAGCUGAUUUAAAAAACAAAACAAAAAUAAAAAGACUUCAACGCGGCAACACUUUCCAUCUCGACCGAGUCAGAAAGAACGAUCGAGACGAAAAAAAGAAGAAGAAGAAAGAUGGGUCAAGCAGAAGAAGAAGAUAAAAGCAAAGGAUUUGCUGAGGAAGCAGUUAACCAGCAUCAUCAUCAUCAUCAUCAAUACGGUACGUUUCAAGGUGUUUCCAAUUAUCCUCAACCUUCGCCGCCUCCUGGAGUUUACGAUUCCUCCGCUCCUCAUUACGUCCACGGUUAUCAUGCUGUUCCAGUAUAUGGCAUUGCUGAAGGAAGACCUGUGACUGUGAGACAACGCCGCCUUUCUUGCUGUGGAAUUGGUCUUGGAUGGUUCUUGUUCAUAGUUGGUUUUUUCCUUGGAGGAAUCCCUUGGUAUGUCGGAAUGGGCAUCAUGAUAGUUGGAAGGAGGGUUGACCACAGGGAGAAACCAGGUUACAUUGCUUGCACCAUCGCUGCUAUUCUUGCCACGAUCGCUGUUAUUCUUGGUGUAUCUAAAGGAGCAGAAGAUUGAUGAUCAAUCAUUUAUAUCUUUGGUUGAUUCAGAACGUUUGUAUAGAUGUCGAUUAACAUUGCGUGCUGUAUUCAUUAUCUUCGUACUUCUUAUGAACUCCUUCUGAACAUAAAGAAAAAGAUGUAAACUUAUAAAAGUUAUUUGCCAACCAA